UGACAAGGUGCAUCACGUGCAUCGUAAAGUUGGCCGCGAUCGGCGUCCUGAGUUUGCGAUGAUGUACGACUACGAGGAGCAGACGCGCCUGGCCGGUCAGGACCGGCAGCUGCGCGCGGCCGCCGAAUCCGUCCUGGGCACCUCGAUAAAUUCCCAAAGGGACAGUUAUGCUCAGAGUGUCAGGACUCCGGACACCGUCAACGACUACUUCGUCGGGAGUUUGCGCUACAACAACCGGACGUCGAAUAUUCGCAGCUUCAGUAUAUUCGUCACGUUUGACUUCUUCUUCACCGUCAUAAUGUGGCUUGUCUGUAUAGUGAUCUCCGGUGCGAAUGUUCAAGCUGCCUUUGUACAACAAAUUAUACAUUAUCAUAUAAAAACGUCACUAUUUGAUAUUGUUGUAGCUGCAGUUCUUAGAUUCAUAAUUCUUUUAUUAUUCUACACUAUUUGCUAUAUGGAUCAUUGGUGCAUUGUAGCGUUAUCUACGUCAUCAACGUGUGCCUUUUUGUUAUCAAAAGUUUUUCUUUACGAUUGGUCGCAAUCUAGCCAACCAGUAUUUCAAGUACUUCUCAUUCUUACGUCUUUUGUGCUGGUAUGGGGUGAAGUCUGGUUUUUGGAUAGAACAGCAAAUUCUUUACAGUCUUAUCGUAGAGAUUAUUGUACAGAUCACAUGAAUCCAGAAAGAACUCCGCUUCUUAGUCCUAAUUAUGUGAUAGCAACAGCUCCAAUCGACAAUGCUGGGCAUUUUUAUACACCAAUGGGAUCACCAGAUCAUUCGGAUAAUGAAGAUGAAGUAGAUCAAAAAAGAAGAGUCUCUAAUCCAUCUACUCUACCAUAUACUUUAGCCAUGAAACCACCGCAAGAAAUGAUCGAGGAGUUCAAUAAACGGGCUCCAUCCUUAUUAUCCAAAUGUCAUAAUCUCAUUGUAUCCGAGAAUUGGAAGACUGACACAGUUACAUCCGAGGGAGAUAUUAUUUCAUAUAUGACAUUACCAAAGCUAGAAAAAAAAAUAUUUAAAAUCUCGGGAAUAGUUGAUUUUCCAGCAGCAAAGCUUCUAAAUUAUUUAUACGAUAACAUCGAAUCCAGUACUUCGUGGAAUAAGCAAGUUGCCGAGUCGAAAAAACUUUAUAUUAUAAAUGAAAAUACAGACUUGGUGUACCAAGCAACUAAGACUUUGGGAGAUGGAAAAAUUAGCGCUAGAGAUUUCGUUGUCUUGAGACAUCGAGGCCAAUACGAAUCAUAUUACGUUAGUAGUUGGGUUUCUGUCAAUUGGUUGCCAACGAGAAAGAAUUUCAUAAGGGGCGAGAACGGCAUUGGCUGCUUCGCAACUCAAAGUUUGGCAAACGGUGCAACGGAAAAAUCUCAAUUUGUAUGGUUAUUGAACACAAAUUUGAAAGGCUGGCUGCCACAGAAAUUGGUGAACAUAUCAAUGUCGAAGACAUUGGUGGAAUUCAUCAAUGCAUUGAGGUAUCACAUUCGUACGAUAAAAGACUGACAGCACAACAAUUGUAAUGUUUAUGACUCAAAGAGCAAAAGGAUGUACGAAGGUACAAACACGAAUUAUAUGAUAGGACAAAAUAUAAUUG